AAAUAUUAAAAGCGGAAGGCCAAGAACUAAUCUGCCGAUAAAGAAGUGGUGCGAUUCUGAGGUCGUCUUCUCCAGCGGAGUAACCUGCCUGUUUCAUAACCUCCAGUCAUGAUAAGUCGGAACUCGGAAAAGACACGUCCUGAGCAGAGAGGCAAUUCAAAUAAUGGACAUUUUUGGACGAAGCUGAGAACGAGGAGACUAGAGUUGCUACUGUUCCCUCCAAUCAACCAGUCUGCCUGUGUCGCUACUGUUCUUGCCAACCAGCCAGCCUACUCGCGUCGCUACUAUUCCUGCCGAUCAACCAGUCCGCCACGUCAAUAGCCACCGAUUUUCCACCGCCUACUGCCGAUGUCUAAGUUCACAACAUGAAAAAACUGGGUUGAGGUGGGAUGGGGGCUUGGUGACUUGAGGAGCAUUCUUCAAUGGUCAUAAGUUAUUAUCUGAAAAGAGCUUAGAAGAUCUUUCCUGGCUUAAGUUAUGGUAUCAAAACGCAUACUGAAGGAGAUCAAGGAUUUACAGAAGGACCCACCCACAUCAUGUCGCGCUAGCCCUGUUGCAGAAGAUAUGUUCCAUUGGCAAGCAACAACUAUGGGGCCCACUGAUAGUCCCUAUGCUGGAGGUUUUUUCCUGGUUUUGAUUCACUUCCUUCCUGAUUACCCUUUUAAGCCUCCUAAGGUCCUCUUGUCCAUCUGUUCCCUGUUGACUGAUCCAAACCCGGAUGAUCCGCUUGUGCCAGAAAUUGCGCACGUGUACAAGACUGACCGGGCCAAAUACGAGACCACGGCUCGGAGCUGGACUCGGAAGUAUGCUAUGGGGUGAUCAUGAAUGACAAAAGUGUUUGCUCCCCAAAUUCAUGUAACUUAAGUGUGUGCUUUUGUGGCUUAUCUUUGCCGUCUUCGUUAUUUAAUUUGUAGGCAUUCAACGUUCAAGAGUCAUUCACUGAUCAAGAAAUCAACGAGACAUGAGAGCGUUGGGCGUCAUUUUUCUGCGAAGCUACAGAUAUUUGAUAUAAUUUUUAGACUCUUGGCUAGUUUUUGAUGAGUCUUGUGAACUCAAAGUUAGUUUUUGAUGAGUCUUGUGAACUCAAAGUUAUUUUUUGAUGAAUGUUGUGAAUAUUUUUGCUGAAUAUUUUUGGAUCAAAACAAUGUGAAUGUGGAAGUUUAUUAGUUAUGAGCAAUGAUCUGUUUA